AAAACAUUAAGGAUUUGAACGUUCCAGGCGGAGGAUUAGAUAGAGGCGAGGGAGAAGGCGAAAAAACUUGACUCAUUAUGGUUCUUCGACAGUGCCUCGCUUGUAAUAUUUUGAUAACAGAAUCAUCAAGAUCUUGUGUCUGUGGCCAUGUACUGGAAGAUGCUCAUCGCUUUAUUGGUGGCAAGCGUUUUUCGGAAUAUCGAGCUAAACUUUACUCUCGUCUGGAGGGCAAAAGGAAGAAGCGAGAACUACGUGAAAUCAAGGAGCAAGUAAAACCCCUGGAAGAAAGAAAGAAUAUCAUGGCGGGAUCAGUGUCAGAACAACCCAAAUUCAAACUUCCGGUGAAACGAAAGCCAUUAGUAGCGAGGACGACAAACAAGAAAAGACGAACAAAGAGGAGAACACCUCGAUUGCAAAAAGGGCAGUCAACAAUUAAGCGAAACGAUAGCAAAAGCAGUGUACCACCAGAACUGUUAUCGAGACUUCCCGCCGCUCUGCAGGAAAUUAACCGAAGGAUUUUGGUACAGAACUUUUUGUGGUUAGCGUUACAACUGGAUUGAAACAAAAAUUCUUUUAUCGGCUCGCAUGUACAGAAGUUCAGUAAAUUUUAUUUGAAAACCGGAAGGUGAAUGCAAGGUUCCUUUGCGGCUGAAACAACCAAGUGGUGUCAAUAACAGGAAGACAUUGUACUAAAGUGGAAACUGAACGUGAAGGAAUGUUUUGGUUUUGACCUGGAAAAAGCGGAUGAAAAAAGGAAUGGCUGAUAAAUAACCUGGACUAACUGAGCUAAAUAUCAAGUUAUUUUCAGCUUAGAACUUUCAGAGAGGACUCUGUGGGAAUAGGAGGUCAAAACUGAUCUAAUUUUCUUCGAAUACAGAAGAAUCUUCCAUUUGUUUCGUUAUGAAAACAGCAAAUUAUUUAAUUUAGUAUAUUACUAUGAUUAGAGAAGUUAAAUUUAUUCCUUCUUUAUUGAGAAAAAUGUUUUUCCCUGUAAUACAAAAGUUGUACAAAAUGUGAGUGGUUGAACGUCAAAAAUUUCUUAAAUCCAAUAUAAAAUUCGCAAACAAAUUCAGAAGGGUGUGGGGAAUGCAACCACAAAUGAAGUCUUCAGCACAAACUUGACACUUAUCAUACUUGUUGCAAUAAUUUACUAACCCUAUCACUCUCAAGAUCAUACCGUCAAUUCUCUACACUCUUUACCAUAGAUUUCUUAUGAUUUUAGUUCGGAGAAUGUGGUGUUUGAUCAAACAAUAUUUUCCAGUCGAUAGUAAUCUUUCUUCCCGUCAUCUUUCUGUGUUACAAGGAAUUGAUUAUGUGGGGGGAAAUCACUUAUUGGUCACCAGAAGGAGUAAAGGGGCUAAUUCUCGGCGUGAAGUUCUGUAGCAUACAAAUGUUUCGCCUUCCUCAGUACAAACUCGGCUCAAUCGUUUCCUUACAGCAAAUUGUUAAUUAGUAUUCGCCUAAUGGAGAUGGAACUCCUUACUUUAAUACUAAAUUUAAAAAGAUACUUGUGUGCUUGAUCAGAAGUAAAACUUAAUAUAAAUAAACAGUAAAAAAUAUCUAUA